GAAAAUUUGCAUCGUCAGCCAGUCCAUUACAGGGGAGGCUUGCAGGAGGACCAUCAUCAGUCUGACUGAGCACCACUGUCAUCAUAUCGAUUGGUGCAGUCGGGGAGAAUGGAGUACUACUGGAUAUGCCUGUGGAGCGUCUUGGGGGUGGGUCUGUGUGUUCCUGAUGAUGAACACUAUACUCUUCAUCUGAGUCCUCUCAACUUCAACAACGCUUUAGAAGCCUGUCUGCCUGCCAGUUUCCUAACUAAAGUGGCCAGUAUGGAGGAAGCCACAAAGAUUUUGAAAGUCAUCGCGAACAUGCCAUCCACAGAAGGUACAUUUGAGUUUUGGGUGGGUUUGAGGAAAGAAAAGUUGGAUUGUGUGAAAAAUGACACACCUCUGAAAGGUUUUAAAUGGACAGUGGAUAGCAGCAGUGACACAAAACUGGAUCAGUGGAAGUCUUUGCCCAAACCAACCUGCACGGUUAUACACUGUGUAUUUCUCUCGGGUGAGUUUAAUGGAACUGAAAUAGUGAACUGGGGGUUUGUUCCCAGUACCUGUAAGACAAAUCGUCCAUUCAUUUGUAAACAACGUGAUGAAAAGAUGCCUUUCAUGGACCAGUGUCUUAUCCCACACAUACUGGAGGCCCGAUCAAUAAGGCCAGACCCAAAUAAUCCUCAUAAACUGGAUCUAGAAUGUUUGUCUGGGCAAUUGUUUAAACUGACUUGCUCUGCAACAACUCUGAAAUGGAAACGUGAUGAUGGAUCGGCUAUAGAUGGCAUUUGUGCUUCGUGCAAAGCAGGUUAUGUGAGAGAUGGGUCUGGAAACUGUGUGGACAAUGAUGAAUGCAGAGAUCAGCCCUGCAAAGGCCAAUGUGUCAACACAGAGGGUUCUUACCUCUGUAAAUGCCGUGAUAAAAAUGGAAAUCUUCAAGACGAGGGCUCAGUGUCAUGCAAUGAACUACCAGUAGCUACCUUUACUGAAGGAAGUGACAACUAUUUGGUCCAAGACCACACUCCCACUCCCAAGCCAACAAUUACCAUCUUUCUGCCGGACCAACCCACUCCCACUUCCCCUACGGAUGACAUUGAGAUAGUGGACACGAGUGGAGAACAAGCCAAAAUCUUCAUACCUGUGGUGAUAGCAGUGAUGACCUUGGUCGUUCUGGUGGUCGUGGUGUUGGCUACUGUGAAGUGCUGUCUCAGGAGGCGAUCGCAGAAACUGGCCAUGAAAACUGCAGAGAAAAUGGCAAUAAAGAGGGCAGAGGCCUCGGAGGAAAAAUACUCCCUGGAAAACACAAAUGAGGAGGCAACUUAAGCAGAAGUGUGAACGGAGGUCACAGCAGACUCAGACAACCUGAAGAUUUAAACUGACAAUAUAUAAGACUUAUUUCAGUUCUUACAGUUAAUUGUCAAUAAGCACUUUAAUAACAUUUCUUAAAAGAAAGGAUUGACCACUACUUAGACAAUACAAUGUUAAUUUUCACUGCAGUAGUGAAAAUGAAAGCUUUGGAUAUUAUUUUAUUUUGAGGAUUUGUAUGUGGGCUCACAUUUCUUCCUAGUAUUUGCUAGGCCUUUAUGUUUAUUUACGUACUUAACUUUUGUACUGUUGUAUAUACUGUAUGUGGUUUGUGUGUAUAUAUAUAAGGCAUCAUGUAACAUAGGAAGAUGAAUUUGAUGCUUCAGUAUUUUGGAAGUUUCUAGUCCUGAUAUAAAGGAUCACAGUCUCUGCCCAUGGCUUAAAAUGUUGAGCCCAUAUUAACCUAGUUCUUUCUCCGUUCAAAAGAAAGACCCUAUCUUGUCAAUAGAUCAACUGAUUUUAAAAGCAUUGAUUUUAUUACAAUUGAAAAUAAAGGUUGAAUGAAUUAUGAGCAAACA